GCUAAAUGUUUCCAGGUUACCAAUGCCCACCAAGACAGAUGUCCACGCGUGUUUGUUGACAUAUAUAUUUCGCUUUAUUUCAGUGUUUAGACGGGAUUUAGGUUUCCAAAAAUGUCGAGAUUAAUCGUCAAAAACCUUCCAAACGGGAUGAAGGAGGAGCGGUUCAAGGAGAUGUUUGCCGCCUUCGGAACAUUGACAGACUGCGGCCUGAAGUUCACCAAGGAGGGCAAGUUCCGCAAGUUUGGAUUUGUGGGCUUCAAGACUGAGGAGGAUGCGGACAAGGCGCUGAAGCAUUUCAAUAAAAGCUUUGUGGACACGUCCAGAGUAACGGUGGAGAUGUGCAAGUCGUUUGGGGACCCCACUAAGGCCAGAGCCUGGAGUAAACACUCCCGUGGUCCAGCCACAGCCCCCAGGGAGAAUAACAAGGAGAAGAAGAAAAAGGAAUCCCCCAGUAUUCUAGGCAAACUGGAGGAUGACGAGGGUUUCCAGGAGUUUGUGUCAGUGCAUCAGAACCGCAACCAGGCGUCUACCUGGGCCAACGACACUCUGCCCCAAUCAGCAGCCCCCGAGACCGGACAGGGGAGGAGUCAGGAGAAGAAGCCUGCCUCCGAUGAUUACCUUAACUUUGACGAGUCAGAUGAGGAGGAGGAGGAGGAAGACCAGGGUGCUGAUAAGGAGGCUCUGAAGUCUGGCCUGUCUGAUAUGGAGUACCUGCGCUCCAAAGUGGCACAUACAGAGGGUGCUGCUGUGGAGGAGAACAAUGACGAUGAGGAUGAAGAUGCGGAAGACGAGCCUGCCGCUGUGCAGCAGACAGAUGGUGCCUAUGAGAGUAGGGACAGAGACUGUAUCCAGAGGGCCACAGCACCAGCCUCUUCACUGGAUCAAAGCCAGGGCAAGCCUGGCAAACAGCAGGAGACUGAGCCCACCACUGAGUUCACAGUGAAGCUGAGAGGAUGUCCCUUCAAUGUCAAAGAGCAACAAGUACGAGAGUUCAUGACUCCUCUGAAGCCUGCAGCCAUUCGAAUUAUCAAGAACGCCACUGGCAACAAAACCGGGUAUAUAUAUGUGGACAUGCGGUCAGAAGAAGAGGUUGAAAAGGCUCUGAAGAAGAACAAAGAUUACAUGGGGGGGCGCUAUAUUGAGGUUUUUCGGACAAGUGUGAGGGGUGAGGGGCGCGCGGCGAGGCGGGAGAAAGGGAGCGAGAGGAGCUUCACCAGGGAGCUGAAGGAUGAUGAGGAAGAGGAAGAUGUUGCAGAGUCAGGAAGACUCUUCAUAAGGAACCUGCCCUACACUUGUACAGAAGAGGAGCUCCAAGACCUAUUCUCCAAGCACGGUCCUCUGGCUGAAGUGGUUUUCCCCAUCGACAAUCUGACCAAGAAGCCUAAAGGAUAUGCCUUCGUAUCUUACAUGAUCCCUGAGAAUGCAGUGACGGCACUGGCUCAGCUAGAUGGACACAUAUUCCAGGGCAGGAUGCUGCACCUGCUUCCAUCCACUCUGAAGAAGGAAAAGGCUGAUUCCGCCCACUCUGGCCCAGGCUCCUCCUCCUACAAACGUCAGAAAGACGCCAAGAACAAAGCCAGUAGUACCAGCUCCCAUAACUGGAACACCCUGUUUCUGGGCACCAGUGCUGUUGCAGAUGCUAUCGCUGAAAAAUACAACACCACCAAGAGCCAAGUCCUGGACCAUGAGUCUAAGGGAAGUGUAGCAGUGAGGAUGGCUUUAGGAGAGACUCAAAUUGUCCAGGAGACUCGACAGUUCCUGUUGGACAACCACGUUUGUCUGGACUCCUUCAGUCAGGCGGCGGGGCCUCGUAGCAUGUCUGUGUUCCUGGUGAAGAAUCUUCCAGCGGGAGUGACGGUGGAGAACCUGGAGGAACUGUUCUCGCCGCAUGGCACCCUGGGUAGAGUGCUGCUGCCGCCUGCAGGCUUGACUGCCGUCAUAGAAUACCUGGAACCCACUGAGGCCAAACAAGCCUUCACUAGACUGGCAUACAGCAAGUUCCAGCAUGUCCCCCUAUAUUUGGAGUGGGCGCCUACAGGAGUAUUCUCAGCAGCCAUGCCUAGCAAGAUACUUACACCAGAUCCGGAGCCCACCACCAAAACCUCAGCACAGGAGGAAGAGGAGGAGGAGGAGGAGGAGGAGGAAGCACUGGGAUCCACCCUCUUCAUCAAGAACCUCAACUUCACCACAACAGAGGAGACAUUGCGUGAGACCUUCUCCAAAUGUGGCACAUUGAAAACCUGCACCAUCUCCAAGAAAAAAGACAAGACCGGUCAGCUGUUGUCCAUGGGGUAUGGCUUUGUCACCUAUCGGACACAGAAGGCAGCAGAGAAGGCCAUAAGGCAGCUUCAGCAUUGCAGUGUGGAUGACCACCAGUUGGAAUUGAAAGUGUCUGAGAGAGCCACCAAGUCUGCAGUAGUGUCUCGUAAGAAGCAGGCAGAGAGGAAACAGACCAGCUCUAAGAUCCUUGUACGCAAUGUCCCCUUCCAGGCCACAGUCAGGGAGAUACGAGAGCUCUUCUGCACGUUUGGGGAGCUGAAGACUGUUCGUCUGCCAAAGAAAGCGUCCGGUACUGGCACGGGGGCUCACCGCGGGUUUGGCUUUGUAGACUUCCUCACCAAACAGGAUGCAAAGAAAGCAUUCUCAGCACUGUGCCACAGCACCCAUCUGUAUGGGCGGCGGCUGGUUCUAGAGUGGGCCGACGCUGAAGACACUGUGGAGACGCUACGCAGGAAAACAGCAGAGCAUUUCCAUGACAUUCCUAAGAAGAAGCGGAAGGCUGAGGUGAUGGAGGGUAUUAUGGAGACGAUGGAGGUCGGGGGGACAGAGGAUGACUGACCUCUCAACCACACACCCUAACCCCAACCCAGCCCCAAUUGUUGCUCUGUCGACCCAUGUGGGUAGGAGUGACUGCGUAAUCUGGACCUGAGUGACAGGAGAAGAAAGAAUCAGAUAGACSAGAACUCGACAGAAUCCAAUUAUUUUGUCAGUGAUUCUGCGCAAAGCCUUGACAAGCAAAUCCUCUCAAACACACUGAGGGACUUUGACAGAGCGUUGUUGUUACGAGGAACGGGUGUGGGUGUGUGAGGAGAAAGCGGGACAGAGAAUGUCUGUGAGAGAGCUCUGAUGAUGCAUGGGACUCUGAUGACAUGAUUGAUAGGAUUAUUUGUACACAACAAUUAAAUGUUACCCAUCUGCUACUGUG